AUGGAGUGUGUUCAGGAAACGUCACCGCCUCAUCGCUGGGCGGAGAAAUCUCAAGAGGAGCAGCAGAUCGAGGUCGUCAAGCACGGCGGCGGCAGCCCCGGCGCGAGCGACGUGGAAAGCGCCGACGGCGAAGACAAGGAAACCAUCUUCUGGGAUGCCAGCACCUGGAUCAACGUGGCCGCUCUGGUCACGGCGUACGUCUCCAGCACCUAUGCGGCGACCGUGCCGACCGGGGCCAUCGCCUACAUCAUCGCGAACUGGCCGGCCGAGGCGGGCAGCGCGCCCUGGAUCGCCACGGCGCUGACCCUCGUCGUGACGGUCAUCGUGCUGCCGCUGGGCGAGUUCAUCGACAUCUUCGGGAGGAAGUGGCCCUUUAUUCUCUCGUGCGUCGCCGGCCUCGUGGGAUCCGUCAUCACCUCGCGAGCCAACAGCCUGCAGAUGGUGAUUGUCGGGCAGGCGUUCAACGGCGUCGGGCUCGCGGCGGGUUACCUGAUCCAGCCGGUCCUGUACGAGAUUGUCCCCAAGAGACACCGGCCCCUGACGGGCGCCAUCACCGGGAUCUUCUGCGGCGGUGCCUUUAUCCUGGCCCCGAUCAUCGAAGGGAUUGUCAUCAAGAAAGAAAUCGGAGGCCCGCUCGAGGGCUGGAGGGCCGGUAUCUACGUCAGUGCUGGUCUGUAUGGCCUGGGCAUGAUCGCCUUGCUCGUGGGAUACUCGCCGUCUCCGCGCACGCUGGGCAUCAACCUGUCCACCAGCCAACGCCUGAAGAAGAUGGACUGGAUCGCCAUCUUGCUCCUGACGACCGGCCUCACCAUGUUCUUUGUCGGCAUGGGCAUCGGCGACGUGCUGUAUCCCUGGAACUCGGCCGCGCCCAUCUGUCUCCUCGUCAUCGGCUUCGUGCUCAUCCUGGGCGCGUCCUUCAAAAUGUACAAGAACAAGGACGGCCUCCUGCCCCACAGCCUCUUCACCCACCGCAACUUCGCACUCAGUCUCGUCGUGCGGGCCACCGGCUCCUUUGCCCAGCUCGGCUGUCAGGCCUACCUCCCCCAGGUGAUCGUCUACCUGUUCGAGUCCGACGGUCUCCUUCAAGCCGUGUGGGCGCUGCCGUUCUCGGUCGCCAACAUUGGAGGAGCCAUUGUCACAGCCGGGGUAUUUUGGUACACGAAAGAGGGACGUUGGCUCGCCGUCGUCGCCAUGGGGACUCUCGCCAUCGGGGCGGGCACCAUGACCCUGGUCAAACCGACCUGGUCGUUUGUGCAGUUCAUGUGGCCGCCCCUGAUCAUCGGGCUCUCGGUCGGGACGGAGGCGCAGGUCCUCAACAUCAUCGCCGCGCUGGCGACACCGGACGAGUACGUCGCGACCACGGUGGCCGCGACGACCCUGUUCGCCUGCGCCGGAUCCACCAUCGGCAUCACCAUCUUCGGCCAGAUCUUCAACUCCAAGAGGAAGAAGUACCUGCCGCUGUACGUGACCGAGGCCGUCCUCGCCGCGGGCCUCCCGCAGACGAGCCUCGAGAGAUUCUUGACCGCCAUGGCCACGGCCAGCGACGCCUCGGCCUACGCCGACAUUCCCGGCGUGACCCCCGCGGUGCUCAGCGCCCUGCAGGUCUCGACCAAGGACGCCUACGCCAAGAGCUUCACCUACAUCUGGUACGCGCUGCUCGCCUUUGCCCUGGUGACCAUGGCCAUCGCCUGCUUCUUCAAGACCACCAAGCCGCAGAUGACGGCCAAAGUCUCCUCGCCGGUCCAGGAGACGGUCAUUGCCAAGAUGGCGCACCACGUCCACCAUGGGAAGCGGGGCGACGAUGGACAUGGACAUGGACAUGAGUAUCCACAUGAAGGCGAACGUGGGACCUAA